CGCGCCUUUACCAAAAAACAGAUGAAAAUGUGAGAUUGACGUACGCUCGAGGAGAGCAAGACUCUGAAGCCCUACUUUCUUGUUUUUUUCCAUAAGGACAGAGAAAACUAACGCAUUACGACGAAUCGAAACAGCAAUGAUGGAGUUCGUCGCUACCGAGCAAGCGGAAGAACUGGGAGUCGCCAGAUGUCCAGUGUGCGAACAGUCAAUAUCCGGGGAAGCCUCAGAGACUGCUUGCGGGAAACUCGCGUGCAGUUCAUGCGCACAGAAGCAUCGCGAGAAGUCUGCGUCUUCCAAGAACAAAUGCUUCGUGCCGGGAUGCACGAAAACCGACUGCGGUGUUUCUGCAGUUAGCGUCGUACUCCGGAAGGUUUUGGAUGCGCUGGAGGUACGAUGCAAAGCGUGCCAAGCCACUAUGUCGAGGAAAGACUUUGCGGCCCACGCCGGAGUCGACGCGGACGUCGAGGCCGCGAUCAUCGCGCCGGGACUAUGCAAGGAGAUCGAGAGGUGCUGCCCCCACAAAAGCCGCGGCUGCGAUUUCAGCGGAAAGCUGACCGCAUUGCAGGCGCACCUCAAAAGUGAGUGCGCAAAGGGUUACCGCCUGCUGGACGAGGAAGCGGCGCGACUUUGCGGCGGGGUGGACCAGAUUAAGCUGAACACGUGCGGGAUCAGGCAGAUGCUGAGCCGGGGCGGCGGGGCGGGCGGGGCAAAGUUGCCGCCGUUGAUGCCGAGCUUGAUGCUGAAGCAACUGGAAGACUCUGACACCUUCAUCCUGGCGCGGGACUACCAGCGCUUGUGCCAAGGACCCAGCGACGGCCCGGCUAUCACCGUGCGUGGCGCCGCAGACCCUGGCCAGUUGACUACCGACACCGAAACCGCUGGCGAGCCUGAUGCUGAAAGAACCGCGGAGGGUGUGGGCAAGGGGAAGUUUGGCGUGCUCAGUGACCUUUUUGCGCGCUCUGUCCCGAGCGCGGACGAGGCCGACAUGCUGCAGCUCCAGAACGACUACGACAACAUACUGGCGUCCCGGGUUGUCGAUACGUGGAACUUGAAGCGUAAAGGCGAUACUGCUCGUGACUCGCCGACGGCGAUCGAGAAACAGGGAGUAAAGCGGCGACGAGUAGACGUCGGCAGCGACCUGAAGAGCACAAAGGAAACCUACAGGAAGAUUUUCGUGCCCGAUCUACCGGCCGAAAAGCCACCACCGCGCAGUCCUACGCCGCCGCGACCGACACCGGCUCCAUCGCAACCGGCGCAACGGAGAAACACUGGCGGAAAAGGCAACGGAAAAAAGGAAAUUUGUCGGAACUACCGCAACGGCCACUGUUGGCGUGGAAACUCGUGUUGGUAUCGCCACUAAAGGUAGGACGCGGCUUACCGCAGUGUUCGGCUCGCGCGUAAGGUUCACUUCGCUGGAGCAGAAACACAGACGCUGGCGUGUAUGUCUUCCUUUACGGCUGAGAAAGUCGAAGCCUAUCUUUAUGUUUAUGGUGAAGAUGACGAAACUUUUUCAUGCAACUGCACUGCUCAGGCAGCGAAUUGGAAUAGCUAGGAUUAGAAAAUUCUUGAGAGAGAGUAGCUCUUUGAUUUGUUUAUUACGGAAACAAAAAAUAGAAACACUGACGCGUAACUGCGAC